UUGCUAAUAAAGAGUAGAAGAAGAAGGUGAGGUUGAAUUCUCGUGCGUACUUAUAUUGCGUAGACAAAAACGUUUAAUUAUAAAAUACAAUUAAAUAAAAUAAAUCAUUUAAACAAUUACUAAAUAAGCACAACAUAAUUUGACUGUGAUAGUAAAAGACCCAGUGCAAAAUCAUAAUAGAAAGCAAUUUAAACAUUCUGAUAAAUAUUUCUUCUAAGAAAUCUUCAAUUUAAUAAAUUUAAUAAUUGCGAAUAUUUGUAAUUAAUAUAUAAGAAAUCAAAUUGCAUUUUUAAUAGUAAGAAUUAAUAAUAAACACAAAAUGCCAGCAAAAGAAAGGAACAUUGCAAUGAUGGGUUAUCGCUCCGUGGGUAAAUCGUCAUUAAGCAUACAAUUUGUUGAGGGCCAAUUUGUGGACUCAUACGACCCAACCAUUGAAAAUACCUUUACAAAAGCAACAAAAGUUAACUCCCAGGAUUAUAGUGUUAAGUUAGUUGAUACCGCUGGCCAAGAUGAAUAUAGUAUAUUUCCUGUACAGUAUAGUAUGGAUUUUCAUGGUUAUGUACUUGUCUACUCAAUAACCAGUCAAAAGUCUUUUGAAGUGAUUAAAAUAAUAUAUGAAAAAUUAAUGGAUGGAAUGGGAAAAAAAUAUGUACCUGUAGUUUUAGUUGGUAACAAAACUGAUUUACACCAAGAACGAACAGUAUCUACGGAAGAAGGUAAAAAAUUAGCUGACUCUUGGCGCGCUUCAUUUUUGGAAACUUCUGCUAAACAGAAUGAGUCUGUUGCUGACAUAUUUCAUCAACUACUUAUGCUUAUUGAAAAUGAAAAUGGAAACCCGCAGGAAAAGAAUAGCUGUGUAAUUUCGUGAGGAACUAAAUCUGUCACAACACUGAUGAAACUAUAUCAAGCCAGGUGUAUACAACUUUCUGCUUUGUGUUGUGCUUUUCGGAGAAAUAAUGUAACUUUUUUUUUUAAUAAGUUGAUGUAAAGAAUUUAAAAUGCAUAAUUUAUAUAUAAUUUUAUAAAUAGAAAUCUACUUGUAGACAUAGAUUACAGUAAAAAUACUUUCCCUUGAAAAUUUAGAAAUGCAAUUUAUAUAUUAACAUAACUUUUCAAAAAAUGACACACAUAAAAUUUAAAACAAAACAUAAGAUUUUAUUAAACUUAACUACAAAAGCGAACAUAAUCAAUUUCGAAUAAGAAGCAUAUAUAUAAUGUGUAAAAUUAUUUAAAACAAAAUUACAGACAGUUUAAAAUCAAUCGCUAUAAAACUAAAAAUAUGAAUUGUUUCGAAAUGGUUUUAUACAACAAAAUUAUCAAAGUAAUAAAUUCAUUUUACGACCCACAAUAUAAAUAUAUAUUAAAUAUAAAUUUAUUGAAAACAAAUAAUUUAUUAGUCAAAUGUUUGACUUGUAUCACGUUUAAAAAUAUAGACAUUGUCAUUGUCAUGUAUAUUUAAACAAUAUACGAACAACAAAAAUUAAAUAGCUAAUCAAAUGGUACAAUUAAUUAUGAACAUAUAGUAUGAUAACAC